AUGGGGAGCAAUAGCCAAGCGGCCGUCUUUCCAAGGAAAUUACCAGACUUCCAUACGAGGACGGCGCAGACGACCUUAGAUUCUUUUCCCCUUGACCCACCGUCCCCCACUGAGUGUGUCGUUCGCAUCGGUGCAGCCUCUGUACUGAUCGAUGGAAUAAAGGCCCACCGACUUCCUCCCCAGGCCUACCAGUUUCUCGUGUGUGUACAAGCCAUUGACCGGGGAGCAUCGACACCGCACGGAGCCAUUAUGGGGGCUGUCUCUACUCUAUUAAUAAACGGCAACGUUAGGCGAGGCUUGGGGAAUGUCUUUCGUAUACAAGGGGGCUUCCUCUCCUUGGUGUUGAAUCCGAGUGGUGCAGUAGCCUCAGCUGCAGGAACAGUCGUCGUUGUGGUUCAUGUCGUUCCUGAUACGCUAUUUCAUUCCCCUUCUCUCGUGGAACUUUUGAUCAAUGUGGUUUACUUAACCAGCACAGCGAAGAUUUGGCAACGGGUGAGGCGUUCUAUUGAGACUAAGAAGCUCCCUACGAUGACUGAUUAUCCACAGCUUAUACUGUCUCCGUCUCGAAGCUUUCACGUUCUAAUUGGACUGUCUUGGUCGGCAUAA